UGUGUUAGAUAUAGAUUUUGCGGGUUAUUCGAGGACAUAAUAGUAAAUUUAGACGUGAAUCCAUAGGAUGGAAAAAGGGACAUAGACAGGGUUUGAGUUUAAUAACCGAAACUAAGAUAGAUUGGUCCUAUCAUAUCCAUAACCACCCUUUGUGUGUUCUACUCUAACACGACCGCCGCCGUUCCUUCCUCUGCUCCCGAUGGCUGCCGCAGCUGCUUUCAAUGUUAUAUCACCGCCACUAUUCUCACUGUCAAAUGUUGCAGAUACUAGAGCCUUAACAGUCACAGCCUUCAACCCUAACCCUAGAAAUAUCCCCACUCACCCAUGUCUCGGAUUCAAAUUACGUACCACUAGCAGUAUUCUUCCUGCUGCCAGACUCAAAGUCAGGGCGGCCAUCGCUAAUUCUGACUCAGAGGAAGUAAUCGUACAAUCAAAAGUGACUCACAAAGUAUACUUUGAAAUCGGUAUUGGAAAUCCAGUUGGACAACCUGUCGGAAAGAUCGUCAUCGGACUCUUCGGCGACGAUGUCCCCCAAACUACCGAGAACUUCCGCGCCCUUUGCACCGGCGAGAAGGGCUUUGGCUACAAGAAUUCCAACUUCCAUCGCGUCAUCAAAGAUUUCAUGAUUCAAGGGGGAGAUUUCGACAAAGGAAAUGGAACGGGCGGCAAGAGUAUAUAUGGUCGCACUUUCAAAGAUGAGAAUUUUAAACUCUCUCAUACUGGACCCGGAACUGUUAGCAUGGCAAAUGCAGGUCCCAACACCAAUGGGAGUCAGUUUUUCAUAUGCACCGUCAAGACACAGUGGCUUGAUCAGAAACAUGUUGUAUUUGGCCAAGUUUUGGAAGGCAUGGACAUUGUUAGGUUGAUUGAAUCGCUAGAGACAGACCGCGGCGAUCGUCCACGAAAGCAGGUGGUUAUCAAUGAAUGCGGUGAGCUUCCAAUUGCUUGACAUGUUUAGUUUUGCCUGCUCAUGAUGAAACUCGCCUCUUGACGAUCAUAAUUAUAAAUGAGUUCAGUGCCUACAAACUCUAGUAGAAAUAUAGUUGGAGUUGGUAUCAUCCUAUUUGUGCCAGAUUCUGAAUAGGGUAUCCUUAAAAUAACCCAAACUGCAGAUUCAUUAUGGAAUGUUUCUACAAACUGCUGGCUGAAAGUUAAUAUUAUUGUCAUUGACUUGUCUAAGACAUUCUGUUACCAAUUCUAUGACUUUGUUUUUUGAAUGUGAUGUUCUAGAUUCAUCUA